GCUCUCGUUGAAGCAGUGGUGGCGCUCACAAGAAAGUCUGUGAAUUAGUGGCAGUCCUAGACACCUACUGAUGUCAGCAACUUUGCUACAUUUACCUCAUGGCCUGCGUCGGAGGACUGAACUAUGCGGCCAUCCCACUCCUUUUUAUCUUCUGCAAGACUGACCAGAUAUUCGUUAGAGAUAACUUUACAAAACAUUCUUUCAGGAAAGUUUUGAUUUUCUUUUCAAAAGAAGAAUCCUCACUGCAGGGAUUUACGAAGUUUUUCUUUCCGCAGAGUGCACUUCUGUCUUAAGGACUAACACAGAAGACAUAUCGACUUCUGGUGAUUGUCUUCUUAAUUUGUCACCUUCUUCGCUGUUAGAACGAAUGUCCACUAUCUUUCGUGGUCCUCAGGACAGGGAUGCUGACUCAAAAAUGGAACAGAAGAGAAUCCUUUAGAACCCGAGACAAACAACCAUCCGAGGGACUUUCGAUGUCCUUAUUUUGCUGCAACUUUUAAACAGAUACAUUGGACCUUGGAAAGUCUGGUGCUGGUCAGUUAUUAAGUUUUAUUGUUGGUAUCAAUUCGUCGGAACACUUUUGUUUUCGAAUCUGUCCGGAACACUGUUUUCUCCAACAGAUCCUAAUUUCGAGGUAAUAAGAUUAAUGUUUUAUAGCCACGUAUUACUGCCGUUAAACCAGCGGACCCAGUGAAGAGACUGCUUACAACCUGUGGUCUGGAGAAGAUACCAACAUUGUGCUAAAUCUCAAGUAUUUAAAGAACAUAUUUGACAUCGUUAAAGAUCGUGCUAUCCGUGUUAUGUCCAGAGUGCUUGAGUUACAGAGCACUCACUAAAGAUGGAGUUUUUUAAACGCUGGAACACGCAUGAGUCUUCUGUUUGAAAGAUCUAUGGUGGUUGCUUUAUAAACGUAAGUUCUUGGCGGAGCAAGCAGGACCUGAGAACAGCUGCAGCACAAUUAGUAUGUAACGUGAACUUCUGUUUUAAAUAAAACAUUUGCUGUGAUGAAAGAUACAAUUCAAUAACGACAGAUCAACGGAGACUAAGCAUAAGGCCUUUACCUUUGAAAAAAGUGGAUCGCUAAAUGAAGUGAACAUUAGUGCCCCGUGGCUUGCGCUGUAUUAGCUGCAGACUUAUUUGCGACCGACAGUAAGAAAUCACGAACAUUAGUCACCAGAUAUUAAAGAAUUGACAGUUGUGUUUAGCUUUAAGACUCUAGAAAAACUCAACUUUCUUCACUCGGACUUUCUGCUGCUAGAAAACGUUGACACUGUGCUGAGGUCUCCUUUGUGAUGUGGAUGCACAGAGAAGGCGGAGAAAAGCUGGACAGGCUACAGAACUCAGCUGUGGAGAUAAGCCUGAACCCGGCGACAAAAUCUUUGUGAUGAGUCAGGCGCCGGAAAAGUGACGACCCGAUCUGGUCAUAGCUGAUCAGAUUCCAGAAUAUUCCCUGAGGAUACGCAGUGGAAAAAAGCAAAGUUUACAGAGCACGUCUCUAAGAAGGAAGGCGAAGGAUGACGAAGUCGGUGGCCACUUUCUGGUUAGCCUGUGUCAUCAUAUUGCUGACGGAACCGGCGGGUGCACUGCGCAUGUGGGAUACGAUCCUGAAUCAAUUUCAGCUCCACAAGAUGGCACGUGUCUUGGAGUCACACAAGCUGACAGGGCUGUUUGAAGAUGAGAACAUCACUGUGUUCCUGGCGACAAGCGAGGCCUUCUUUACAUUCCAGGCUAAUGCGAGGUGGUGUGCUGUGGACUCCGAUGACCCCAAGCAACUAGAGAAAAUCAUUGUGUAUGCUUCAGUGGAUGGACUCUAUCUGCAAUCUGACCUGCCAUCCAGCUCAACAGCCAUUCUUCCAUCACGCUUGGGCCCAGGACUGCCAAUAUAUUUCAACACAUUCAAAACUCAGAAAGGGGAGAUGCUGAUAAUCAAUGGGGCGCAACUUGUGCAACCAGAUAUCAGGACCGACAAUGGAGUUAUACACAUUAUUGACAGAGUUCUUGCCCCUGUUGCCAACUGGGCCACAAUUGCCACGUAUGUAGAGACACCAACACUUCCACAUCUGUCCUUCAUGUCAAUCUUUCAUGCACGCUCUGUUGUGCCGGCGCUGACACUGGAGUCUAACAGGACGGACAAGCUGUUCACUUCAUUCUCCCCCAAUGACUCCUACAUCACCAUCAUGCCAGAAUAUGGACAGCUGCCACUCUUUGAGAACACAGACCUUCUCACAAUGGUAUAUAUGGCUCAUGUGGUUGAUGGUAACUCAGUCUUCAUACCUGAUGGCUUACCGAUUGAGGAGAUAAGCGCAUUGCAGGGGACUAUCAAAUUCUCUCGCCGCAACAGUCACACUUAUGUAUCUAAUGGUCGAGUGCGUGCACGUGUAGUCCAGGCCAACAUCCCGCUCGUGAAUGGCGUGCUCCAUGUCAUCGAUAAUCUCCUAUAUUACAUCUAUCGUGAUGUCAUGCAAAUGGUGGAGUCCCUCCCAGAAGCAAGAAAGUUUUACCAGCUGAUAAAGCAGCUGCCAGAUAUAACAAAGAGUGUCCUGAAAGAUGGAAACCAGAAUCUGACUUUGUUCAUCCCAACGGAUCUCGCUUUCACCAAGAUUCCCACUUGCGGCAAGAACAGACUGGCCAUGGAACAGGAGGUCCUACUGAAGGUGAUGACAGCACAUAUUGUGGUAGGAAUGACAUUGGAUACAGAUAGUCUCCAAGUCUCUAGGUCACUGAAGGCCCUCAGUGGUGAUGUCAUUCUUGUCUCUCAAGUUAAGAGAGACACCUUCAUUGAAUGUGGAGGAGUGAGGGCGAAAGUGGAAGUGCCUGACCUGGGGACUACAAAUGGCAUAGUUCACCUAAUAGAUAGUGUACUUCUUCUAAACAACUUCACCAUCUGGGAGGCCAUAUCCUACCUUCCACUUCUCAGAUGUCUGUCAUUCUGCAGGCAGGUACAAGAGCUGACGCAAAACUUUGAUGAUAUUGUGGACAUGCUUUCGUCAUCUGAAAGCCGACUGACUGUGUUUCUUUCGAAUGAUGCAGCUAUGACGCAUGCUUCUGAUCAUGUGAUAUCACUUCUCCAGGCAUCAAGGGAAACAGUUUAUGAUGCAUUACGAGGUCAUAUGACAUAUGGCAUCAUCAACAUCCAGCACCUGGAUGCACCAGUAGAGAUUGUCACACUUGCUGGUACAUCUCUGAGGCUGUUUCACGAUGAUGACACCAUGGAUCUGUUUGUAAGCGGAAGUCAUGUGACAGCACGCGUGACAGAAAUGGACAUUUGGUGUUCUAAUGGUGUUGUUUAUGUGAUCGAUGAAGUGUUGCAUCUCCCAGUCAGAACUAUCUUCCAAGAACUCAAGAGGCAUCCCAAUCUAUCGUACAUGUGCACUCUGUUUGAAAGCCUAAGAAAUAAUGAGUUCAAUCUGAGUGAUACACAAAGAGAUUUAACUGUAUUUGUGGCUGCCAACGAAGCCUUCAGCUAUCUCCCUUGGCCUUCUGUUGACCUGCUUAUGCGUGACCUUGAUAGGACAUACAUGAUCCUGCGUGCCCAUGUGGUGCCUGACGAAAAGCGUUAUCUGAACGAGAUCUCAGAUGGUACAGGCCUGCCAGCCUUUCAGAAUGUCAUCUACCUAUUGACUGUGAAUAACAAACGCUAUGUCAUCAACAACAAUGUUAGGGCAGAAGUGCUGACCUCAGACAUCCCUGCAGUCAAUGGUCGAUUACACAUCAUUCGGCAUUUACUGUAUAUUCCAUACAACAGUGUCAUGCAGUUAUUACAGAGCAUGGAUGAGACCAGACCUUUUCAUGCACUCAUGUCAGUCAAUGAUGAUUACAUGGCUACAGUGACGUCUCUUGACCGAAAUGUGACACUCUUCAUUCCUUCAGCCCGGUACCUACGGACUGUGACAUCAGAACAGAUGGCCAUGAUGAGCGCUGAUCCAAAAAUCUUGAAACGACUGUUCCAGGGACACACUCUGCCACAAGUUCGAAUGGAUGAUGUGUUCUUGCGGCAGUAUCCAAAGGAGAAUUACAUUGAAUCCAAAAGUUCUUACAACAUGUCCUUCACAGUACAAAAAACUAAAAACGGUGUAUUUGUUGAUGGAGGUUAUGACAUACAGAUCCUUGAUGUGAUUGGCAAGGCAUUUGGAUGCACUAAUGGAAUCAUUUAUAUAAUCGAUGGCUUUCUGAACUACUCGCCUUUGACCAUCUUGGAGAGAUUAAAGAGAGAGCCGUCUGUAAGUCGGUCAUUGCAACAUAUGCUACGCUUACCUUCCCCGAAUCAAGUGGAGCUACUCAAUCAGCAAAAUCUGACCUUCACAUUCCUUAUGCCCCAUGACUUGGCAGUUGACUUUUUGAGUUAUGCUGAUCUGUCUUAUCUGCAUGAUAUGCAGGAUGAAAACCGUCAAAAGGUGUUUUGGAGACAUGCUUUGAAUGGAAGUGAAAUUACGUAUGACGACUUACGACAGGGUCGUGUGAACUCUUUUCUCCUUCCUCCUGAAGUAACUUUUUCAAAACUAGGAACGGGUCUCUAUUUCCGGUAUCAUGGCAUCAACAGUCGCGUGACACGGUGGAACUUGGUAGCCUGCAAUGGAAUCAUUCAUCUCCUGACUCAUUUUCUCUACAGAUCCCCCUCUUCCAGUACCACCUACUACCCAGCAGACACCCCAACUUCACGUACAGACCCAGUACAUGCCGUUGGUGCUAAUAAGCUGAAGCUGGGUGGGGUCAAAAUGUUGUGUGAAAUUCUGCUGGUGUCCUGUUUUGGAAGACUUGCUUUUCUGGUGAUUAGUACUUAAGUAAGAUCCAGAUGAGGACUUUUUCUUUUACAAUACAUACUGUAGAAGACCAUUGGUAUGGAAGGAGGCGUUUUAAUUGUUAUGUGAACAAUUUUUUAUUGAGUCUUGUCAAAUGCAUCAAUUUCUCAUGAAGUUCUCUGCACAAACUCACAGCUUUGUGAAGAUGCUUUUUAUUUUUGAAUUUUUGUUUGGAAAAGUCUUUUGAACUUCGGCUGUUGUAGUGCUUUGUGAGGUUUUACUUUAACUCUAUAUUCAAUGCGUCCUUAGAAAUAUGAGCUUUGCUCACUUUGCCGAGAACAUUUUGAAGUAACUUUUCUCAGGGCCUGCUUUAUGUAGGGUGGAGUCCAUUUCCUUUCCAUUGCUGCCUUAGCUUUCUCAACACUCUGUGGAGUCAGGUACCCACUCCUGACAGCUGACUGGGGAAAGUUAGCUGCUUCACACGGGUAUUAAACCAGAAUGCUUCUUGGUUGGGAAGCCGUUGCUCUAACCACUUGACUAUAAAGGAGCUUGUAUGGAAAGAAGACACAACCACCCAUAGGAGCCUGCUGUACAAAUGCACAUAUCUGAACAAAAAAUAAUAAAACAUGAUUUCUUUGCUGAAGCUAUAUGAUGAACAAGUUUCUCUCCUGGAACUGCAUAAAAAUUUACCAUUUUUCUGUGUUUGGUCAACAUAGGAAGCUGUGUCUAGUCAAUAGUAGUAUCUACAGUCUGCAAUCUUCUUUCCUAAAAUCAAAAUUGCAUGUCUUCUACAAUGUUGAAGCUUUCUAUUUUUUUUUUAGUCACACUCUCAUUGUUAAAUGUUUAUUAGGCGGUUCACUAAAACUUAACGUAGGGUAAUAUCUUUGUAACUUAUUUAAGCAUUUUUGUGUAAAUAGGCAAAGUAAUUUGAAUCUCAUUCCUCUUUUUUUUGGUAGAUUAAGUGAAGACAGAUACGACUAAAUAAUGUUUAAAACCCAUUCACUCACAUCUAAGCUGAUACAUACUGUGAAAGAAUAUGUGUAGAUACUUCCAUAGGAAGUGCAACCAAAAAUAGACAUUUUUUCUUUUUAAGACUGUCCUGUCUUGUACAACACACAUCCAUUCUCACCAUUCUUGUGGAGAUCUUUGCGCAGUCAUUGUAUGAGCAAUUCUUGACAAUGAUUACAAAGUGCUAGGAAUGAUUUUCUUUUGUUUUAUCUGAAUAACUCUAAAACGUCAUAACUUUUCUAUUCAUCAUAAACAAUUAAAACUUACCAUUGUUACUACAUUUUAAAAAUGUCAAGGGAGUUCAGUGUGUCACUUUCAUUUGCUAUUUGCGUUCUUAAGGAAGGCCAUGGGUAAAGAAUGGUGUGCUGUCUUGCUGUGACAUUAAAAGUAUACAAUUAA